UGGUCACGCCUGGCCUUGGCGGUUCAUGUGUACGGGGCAAAAUGGCCGCUUCCACCUACCCGCAGACGCAAACAAUAGCUGAGCAGCCGUCCGGGUCCAGCGGACGGGAAUUCGACACGCUGCAACUUCUGAACGGCAGCGAAGACGACUGGAUGCCAUAUCUGGGAGACACGUCCCCGAGCUCCGAUAGGAAGGAUGAUUUUUCCCUAGAGCCAGAGACCAAAUGCCUGGACUUCCCUGCAGAAGCGGACAAGGAUGACGGUAAAGUUAAGGACUGCUUGGAGUGCGAAGUGUGCGGGGCCGUUUUCGAGACGCGACGGGGCCUCUCGAGCCACGCCCGCUACCACCUGCGCCAGCUGGGCGUCACCUUGUCGGACAGCAGCGGGGCCCCCAUCGAUCUGCUCUACCAGCUCGCCAAGGAAGGGGCCCUGGACGAGAGCCUCCUUCGAAGCCCGUCCGGCCCCCCUCCGGCCAAGAAGCACCAUCACCAAAGCGCCAAGUCCCGGAAAGGCGUCGGCCCCAAAGCUCGCUGCAAGGCGGCGGCCGACGACGGCAAGGGCGCCUCUCUCCCCGGCCGCUCCGUCUCGCCUUCCCCCCUCGUCCGUUCCCGCUCCGCUUCUCCCGUGCUGAGGUCAGCCCCCGUCUCCUCCCUGCUUCCCGCCUCGUCCCCGCUUCGCUCCUCGGAGCCUAAAGGGACGGCUGCGAGGACCGUGCCGUCUUCCCACCGCGGAGGCGCGAAGCCCCUGUGGGCGCCCCAGGACACCGACGCCCCCCUCAACCUGGCCCUGGACGCGGAUCCCACCAAGGACAUUGUGUGCGAGCUGUGUGGAGCGUGGUUCGAGACGCGGAAGGGCCUCGCCAGCCACGCCCGGGCCCACCUGCGGCACCUCGGGGUCCUGGACGCCGACUCCAAAGGCUCUCCGAUUGAUGGGCUGCACCAGCUCAUCCGCAGCGAGGACUUCCGUCGCCGGCUCGCUUCCCUUGACCCCAAGGAGGCAGCGGAGCUCUGCUUGGCCCCUUCCUCAUCUUCAUCCAAGACUACCAAGCGCUCUUUAUCUCGCGUCUCCUCCCCAGGGGGAUCCAAGGGCACCUCCUCUAUGCUGAGCCCCUCUCUCGGCAAGAAGCCCAAGGCCUCGGCAGCGCAGCAGGGUUUCGGUCUGAGCGGCAAGGAACUGGGACCCCGCUCUGGGGGUGAGAGCGACCUGGUGAAGGAGGUGGAGUGCGAAUUCUGCGGGGAGUUCUUCGAAAACCGGAAAGGUCUGUCGAGCCACGCCCGCUCGCACCUGCGGCAGAUGGGCGUGACAGAGUGGACGGUCAACGGCUCGCCCUACAAUACGCUUAUGGAGGUGGUUGCCCGUCGCGGGCUUUCCUGCGCAGUGCCUCCCCGCACCGUCACCUCCCCGCGUCUGUCCCCCGGGCCCCCUGUCCUGUCCCCGCCAGCCUCUCCCUCUUCUCCUGGAGCCCUCAAGCGCCUGACUUCUACCCUUGAUUCUCCCCGUGGCCGGCAACCCACCGCUCGCAAGGCAUGCAGGCCAAAAAUGGAGAAUCCCUCUCUCGAGCUGUCCGGGCGGGCUCUUGAACGUGCCCCUCUACAGCACAGCUGGCCAGACGAAGAAGAGGCCGCGAAGCCCCUCCAACUGGUUUCUGCCGUUAAAGCCCAAGAGCCGGAUCCUUUGCAGGAAGUGCAGUGCGAGUUUUGCGGAGAGUCCUUCGAGAAUCGCAAGGGCCUGUCGAGUCACGCGCGCUCGCACUUGCGGCAGAUGGGCGUCACCGAGUGGACGGUCAACGGGUCGCCCAUCGACACGCUGGUAGAUGUGGUGCGAAAGAAGGGUCUGCCCAACGAGGGGCGGGUGAAGGAGGAGCCCCCUUCCUCCUGGGAGGAGCUCGACCAGCAGUCAUCGCAGCUCCCCGGCAAGUCCCCGCCUGGCCUCGUCCAGUCGAGCCCCAAAGUCCACAAGUACAGCUUCUCCUUGCCCCAGUCCUCUGGGAAGGGUGCAGACGCAAUGGGCGCCUCCCUUCUGGGAAAAAAGUCGUCCCCUAGGGAGAGUCGCCCGGAGGAGAAGAUGUCGUCGCAGCUGAAGACCUUCUCAUCCCCUUCGAAGGAUUCGCUCACCGCGAGCAAGUCGGCUGUGGAGAAACCGAGCUCAGGGCAUGUAGAUGCCAGCUGUGAGCUCUGCGGCUUCUGCUUUGAGAACCGCAAGGCACUCGCCAGCCACGCACGUGCACACUUGCGCCAGUUCGGCGUGACAGAGUGGCGGGUCAACGGUUCGCCCAUCGAGACCCUGCAUGCCUGGAUACGCAAGGAGCCGCGGAGGGUGGCGGAGAUGCAGCGUCGCUGGGCACAGGGUGGACCGCCCCGGCCUAAGAAACAGAAGUCCAGCUCCUUCCUCGUUUCCCUGUCCCAUCCGGGCGGUUCACUGGCUCGGUCGCAGAAGCCCCUGUCUUCUGGGGCUUCAGGUCAUCGUGUGGGGAGAGAGGUUGCAGGGGGCGUGGCGGGGUCUUCUCGCUCAGCAGAUGGGAGGUUCCACGGCAGGCCCUCCUUGCAGCACGGCCACGGUAAUCGAGUGGCCGCCCGCCGUGGCGACACCCUGCUGCAGUCGCAGGCAGCUCACAGUCAGCUCAAUGUCCGUUCUCCCCGAGGCUUUGAGCGCCGUCCCCCGAAGCAUCUGGUCUCCUCGGAAGGCAGAGAGCAGGAAUCGGGCAGCUCGCAGGCUCCCCGGACCGGCACCGUCCCUGCUCUCGUGCCAAAGCCUCCAUCCACCCCUCUUGUUAAGGUGGUGGGCGAUGUCUAUUCCCUUAGGUGCCGGUUCUGUGAAGUGGAGUUUCGCGGACCCCUGUCGGUGCAAGAGGACUGGGUCCGACACCUACAGCGACACAUCCUGGGCCUCAAUUUCAACAAGCGGGAUCCUCCUGCUCCACCUCCCCGGGCUGACGCCGCCAUCGCCCCUGCCUCAGCAAUCGCAGCAGAGGCCCCCGCACCGGGUCCCGCGUCGGGCCCCUCGCCAGGCCCCGCGCCAGGCCCUCCCCUGCCCCCCGCGUCACCCUUAGCCCCUUCCCCUACCCUUGCCGCAGCCCCAGUGUCUGUGCCAGCCUCCGUUCCCAUCACUGCUCAUGCUGUGUAGCACCCCCAUUUUCAUGGUUCUGUGUCACUGGCUCCUUUAGACUCAUUUUGUAGUUUUACUAACGAAUACUUGUUUUAAGAGGGUGUUUUAAAGCCAGCGUCAGGGUUGACAGCAGGCCUUUCGGAAGCGCCGGGAUUCGGUUCAGUCGCGACGUGGCCCUUCCAGGGCAUUUCUCUUGCGCAGUACUUAGGGAGCCACACAUAUUUGCAGGCCUUUGCUAAAAAUGUUCACAAGGGCAGCGUAUCUUUGGAGAUGCAAUUGCGAGCGCUGACAGAAAGGCCAUGUCCGUGUCUGGGGCGCCGGUGGCUCCAGGGAGUUGUGACAACGGGGUGCUGGGAGUUUGUGACAGGUGUUGCUAGGGGCAGUAGCCUUGUGUUCCAGCAUAUCGAAACGCUAACCGUAAAGUCUGCUGUUGAGGGACUGUCCACUACUGAUCAAUUUUUGCCGUACAGGGAAAGCGGAACUGUGUUGCUUCAUCUAAUUUUAAAAUGCGGUGAUCAUUUUAAUCUGUUUUUACCACUUCUUGUUGUUUCGUCGCACUCCAUGCUGGAAAAUAGGACGCAGUGACAAAGCAGCCGUUCCAGUAAAUGGAGACGCGCGCGUUCUGUUUUCAGUUCUAUGUUUGUGGCACGUGUACUAAUGGAGACCUGUGUGUGGAACUGAUCCGUGUCAUUUUGGCGCAGGAUGUCGAGUGUCAUCUUAAGAGUGGACUCUUUGGGGGUCUGCCUUGAAUUUUACAAUCUCGAGAUCGGGUUUUGCUGCACACUGCCCCUCCCCGCAAGACGUCGUGCGUCCGAACCGCUCGCUCUGUCGGCACGGUAGGUAUCGGCCAUCGGUCAGUAGCGUGAUUCGUGGCCCUUCACGUGCCAGUCGUUCUUUACCUGCUCCCUGCUCCUGCCGGCCGUGUUGCUUGUCACGUGCUCGUGGCCCCGUGGCUGGCGCAGGGGAGCACAUCUGCUGCUUGUCUGCGAGCUCACAAGGAUCUGGCCUCUGUGCAGCUGCUCAUACGAUCACAAGCAAAGAGGCGGAUACCCGCGCGGCUCGUGUUCAGCUGCCUUGAACGCAUCCGGCGUGUUGUGGCACUUGGUGGGGAUCGCUGGCCGGGGCGAUGGCGUUAGGGCGGUGACCUUUCACCCCGACCUCCUCCUGUAGAUUAAUCCCGCUGUAGAUGUCAUAUGUUGUACGACAUUCUCUGUAUGUCGUUGCGCAGCCCUCUUACGUUACCUGGCGUAUGUACUCCUCAGAAAACGCAGUGUCGAGCGGAGCAAUAACUUGAAGGCUUUGUCAAAUGUGCCAUUGUUGUUUGAAAAGAAAAAAUAAUUUUCCCAUUUGACCCUUCCUUUUCAUGGAUUAUAAAGCUGUGUUUUUAUAAAAUGGUUAUGGCCAUUGUUAUGGAUAGCUAGUUAUCAAUUGUGCUCUUAAUUCUGUUAAUGUAAUUUACUGUAGACCUUUUUACUGUUUUUAAUUCGUUUUAUAUUGAAGGGAUAUGUUUUAUUGUUUUUUUUCUUUCGUAUUCUUAAAUUGAGUCAGUGUUUGUGUACAUUUGUGUAUGUGAAGGACAAAAAGAUGUCUUGUGUUUAGAUGACAGGAGAUGACAAUUCCUCUGAAACGGGACCACUCUGUACACAAGUUUACUGUUAUCGUUACCGCGGUCACUGAUGCCGCUGUUCCCCUGAAAACUGCCUUUGCUGGUUCGGUGCGGUGGUUCAACUGGUGAAACAAGUACGUGAGGCUGGUACUGGGCUACGUUGUCCAUGGGCUUAAUGCUCUUUGCUUCCGGGAUGGAAGUAAUGGGGGGUGGGGGUCUGUGUUAUACAUAAAUUCUGUGAUUGUGUGAUCAAUAAAUGUGAAA